AUGGCCCCCUCAACAGACAUGCAAACUACAGAUGACAUCUCACAGGAGGAUGCAGCCAGGCUAGCUGCAAGUAAGGAUUUACUGAAGCGUGCCGAGUCACUGCAAUCAGAACUCGUACAGUUUGCCGACCAUCUCACAGAUGUAUACAGUGACUACUUCCAACACAUGCCGACGUACAUCUAUACAUCUUUUUUGAGUGAGCUCCGGGCCGAACUAGAGAGCUUGGAAAGAGUUGUCCGAGAUCUUCAGUCAACCGACCCUCUUUCAUUGCAUCGCGCCCAGUCGACCAAUCUGCCGUUUCUUGAACCUGUAUGGGAUAUGGCAAAGAGGUCGCGGGACAUCGUGAGAUUAAGAUGUGCCGUAUCCGUCGGGCCGUUCAAGAAGCAGAUUCUAGCACCGGGAACACGCAUCGUUCGCACCCAGGGUGAAUCAUUGCCUUUCCGGUCGGGAAGUUUCAUCAUAGAUGUGAUUGCAGAUGGUGGUCAUUCGUGGUACAAGGUUUCAUCGAUGACCAACAAAAGGUUACUAUUUGAUAUGGCCAAGGAAGCACUGUAUUGCGGGGACAGCGAUGAGGAAGAUGAGGAAGACGAAGCUGAAUCCGCUAUGGAGGCCUACGCUGAUAUCCCUCUUCUGAAGCUAGCCAGAAAUCUGGCUAAUACAGCCAAGGGACAUCGGAUUCAGUCUCAAAAUCCACGCGCCUUUCUUGUAUUACCUCGCAUUGAAAAGGGUGAACAUCCAGAGAUCGAUAGAGUCCUCGAGGCCUGUUGUCAACUCGGUGUCACCCUACUUUGUAGCGAUGCUCUUUCGCCUCCUCCGCCCUUCUCGGAUAACCUUCUCCACACAAUGGCCCCAAGUCCAAAGGCAAGCUUCUCGAAAGUCUUGAACAUUGACACCUCCCUCCUAGUUGCCCUUGCGUCUGACUUUUCCCAUACCACGGUCACUAAGCAGCCAUGGUUCAGUCAUUCACAUAAUGACCAUACUGAUCUAGAAAGUAAGCAGUCAAUGCUUUCUUUAGCAUAUCCCGUGUUAAGUGAUCACGAGCUCGUCUGCACUCAGGAAGCAGCCGAUACUUUCCUUCACAUCGCCGACACGUUGGGAACAGUGUCGGAAAAGGCUCGGGCUCAACUGAUACUCCGCUCUGAAAAUGGAGAAAGCCAGCAGCAGCGAGUUGAAGGAUUGCAGCUACUCUCAAUUCAUAAAGUGCCACCUUAUUUACAACUACCGAUCCGGAUCGUGGAUAUGAAUGAGGGUAGCUGCCAAGAUCGAUUUUCAGAGCCAAUAAAGAAGAUGUUGACUACCGUGUUGAAUCCUGGGAGGUCUGUUUUUUCUUACGGCUGGGCAAGUGGAACCACCACAAUGACUUGCAACUCAGUUGUAGUCAAACAGCUUGAGAAGGACCUUGAACACCUUCCGACAUUAGGGGCUUUGCCCUGGCCAUCUAUAUGGGCAUUUCCUACCUCGAGGCCAUUUGUCGGCGUCCCUAAAAAGAUCAGGGAAAACGUACGAAAGCAUAUCGGUGAUUGCAGCCUAACUUGUACGUGUGGACUGGAUAAGCUUUACGGUCACCGGGAUGAUGUUAAGAAACUGUUAUAG